UACGGCAAACAAUCUGUCUUGGAGUUGUGGUGCACGGGCUUUCGUUUGCGGACCGUUUACACUUUCAACGAUAAUCUAGAUCUAAUGUGUAGUUACACCUAGUCAUGUGGAGACUAUCGUAACCAGUUAGUACUCAAGAACUCGAGAGUUACGUAGUGGCCUGGAUUUCGCCAUGAAGGUCCAAAUACAACUUCUCCUCCUCACGUUUGCCGUCACUUUUGGAUUUGACACUUUUCCAGUACCAAAAGCAGUCUUCCAGGGAAGUUGUGAUGAUGUCCAAGUAUUUUGCCAGCAAGUCUGUCUCAAUCGUUACUAUGGCGGCUACCAGUGCUGGUGUAAAGAUGGCUAUGAACUCAACGAUGAUGGGAUAACUUGUCGAGAAGUUUCAGCAACACGCAGUGUUCCAGCACCUAACCAUACUUGGUACACAAUACCUCAGACCCACAAUGUGGACACAAAAUACAGCACUCCCUCUACUUUACACACCCAGACCUUCACAGAAAACCAGCCCCAGGGCAGAGAAAAAGAGACAGCCAAAAAAGCUGCAAAAUUAUCAGAUUCCAAACAUGACAUUGUUCAGGGAGAUGAUCCUAGGACCAUAGCAGACAAUAGAGUACCAUUUUCUUCACAGUCAGAUAUUAAAAAUGAGAAAUCCAGUGAUAAGUAUGAUGAUUUUGACUCUUCUUCCUCUGAAAAUAUUAUUGUGCCAGUAGCAACCCAUGAUAAGAGACAUGAGAACUCUGUUCUAAGUCGGCAGACGAAGGCCCCUGUUAAGUAUACCUCCUGCAAUGACUUGGAUUGCUUCAAUGGGGGGAGCUGUGUGCCAGACGUGCUGCGCGGAGGAGUUCGGUGUCAGUGCCGCCUGGGUUUUGAUGGAGAUUAUUGUGAACAAGAAAUGCUUGUCCGCUACCCUAAGUUUAUGGGCACUGGGUAUGUCUCGUUCCCUGUCCUGAGGAGGGCCUUCAAAGAGAUGACCGUUACUUUGGAGUUUCGCCCCGAUACGCAGAAUGGUCUGCUGUUAUUUAGUGGAGAACACCCUGAUGCUCAUACAGACUUCUUUUCAGUCAGCUUGAUUGAUGGAUAUGUGGAGUUUAGGUUUGACUGCGGUACUGGUAUGGCCAAAAUCCGCACGACCAGUGAAGUAAAGCUGGGAAAGUGGAACACAGUCACUGUCCACAGACAUGAGUGGGACGGGUCUGUACAGCUAAAUAAAGGAGAACAGGUCAGAGGGAGAGCUCAGGGUUUGUUUUCCCGGAUCACAUUCCGUACACCCUUGUUUCUAGGAGGAUACAUCAACACUACUCACAUAGGCAGCAGGACAGGGAUGUACUUUGGCUUCAUUGGUUGUGUCAAGGCAAUGAAAAUUAAUGGCAAAGAGUUUGACUUCCGUAAGGGAGCCUUCAUUGGAGAUGCCAUAGAUGGUGUAGAUGUGGCUGAAUGCAGUGCCCAUAUAUGUCGUAACUCUCGUUGUCGUAAUGGCGGGAGUUGCAUGGCGGACUCGCCAGACACCUACACUUGUCUAUGCCCCAUGAUGACUGCUGGGAAAUAUUGUGAAAGAAGCAUUGAGCACAUUGUGGUACCCCAGUUUACAGGGCAUUCCUUCCUCCAGUAUGAAGGAAUCAGAAGAACAGCACUCAGCUAUACAGAGAUAGAACUGGUCUUCAAGGCUACAAAUAAAGAUGGCACUCUCCUGUAUAAUGGCUUCACCACAGAUCGUAGAGGAGACUUCAUUUCCCUGGCUCUGGUGGAUGGAUAUUUGGAAUAUCGCUUUGAUUUAGGGACUGGGCCUGCUAUUAUUAGGUCAUCACAGCCAUUACCUCUCAAUGCCUGGCACACAGUAAAGAUCUCCCGCACAGGACGUGAUGGUGUUCUGGAGGUGAACGAGCAGCCUGCGGUGCAGGGGUUGUCCCAGGGAGCUUACACACAGCUUACACUGUUACAGGACCUCUUCAUUGGAGGACAUAGAAAUUAUGAUGAUACUUCUAAAUAUGCUAAGGUUAAACAGUCAUUUCAAGGUUGCAUACAAAAGGUGGUUGUUAACAACAAGCCUCUGUCUCUCAUGGAGGACUACAUUGAUGGCAUUAACAUAGACACCUGCAGUCACCCCUGCUCCACCAAGCCCUGUGAGAACAACGGGAAGUGUGUCCCUUAUAAGAACUUUUACACAUGUAACUGUCCUCUAGGGUUCACCAACACUAACUGUGAGGAAACUGUAUAUGAUGAUGUGACAGUCCCAAUGUUUAGAGGAAACAGCUUCUUGAAGUAUAAUGAUGAAGAAACCAUGAAAAGAAUCAAAGGCAAGAAGCUGGAUAUUAAAAUACGGCUAAAGACCAGCCAAUCAGAUGGACUUAUCUUGUGGAGUAGUGAAGAACACACAAGCACCACCAGCGACUAUGUGGCUAUUGGUCUGCGUGGAGGAUAUGUCCACUUUCAGUACAACCUGGGCAGUGGGGAGGCGGACAUCAUGGUCAAUACGACCAGGAUCGAUGACGGCAAGUGGCACAGGAUUCAUGCUAAAAGGUUAAAACAGGAUGGGUCUCUGAAAAUUGAUGACCUUUCUGCACAAGAUGGCCGAAGUCCUGGAAGAUUUACUCAGCUAAAUACCAACACACAACUCUUCUUAGGUGCAGUGAAUGACAUGGCAGAGAAAACACUUCACAAAUACACAGGGGGUUUUGUGGGAUGUAUCUCCCACUUUACUCUGGCCACAGACUACCAUGUGAAAUUUGUUGCUCAAGCCAGCAGUGGACAGAAUAUUAACCAGUGCUCAUGAAACAAAAGUACAGCACCAACCCAGUGAAGUGAUGAGAGCUAGAGCAGGAUUGGAUGUAGUAUGUUUAAGACGCAGCAUAUUGAAAUGUCAGUGUAGAAGGUCCCAGCAGCACUCAGUGAAGGAAGAACCACUGUGAUAUCAUGACAGAGUUAUUUGCCAUGGAAUGUCAGGACAGUGGGGUUAUUGCUGUUACUUCUCUUUUUUUAUCAAUUUUUGGGAUUAUGUAAAUGAAAUGAAUGUAAAAGUAGCAAAAUAUGCCCAAAUACAAACUGGAAUUGGCCUUUAUUUGUUACAGAGAUAUUUCCUGCUGAAGAAUUGUGUAAAAGAUUAUCCCAAUCUAAGAAUCAUAUGUAACUAUUUUUAAAUAGGACAGAAGUGUGAAGGAGACCUAUAUGUAUAAUUUUGUUACUAUAUCUUUCAACAUCAAGAGAUAGUCAUGGUACACGUUAUUGACAGCUAACAUAAUUGACCUAAAGAUAGUUCAGUACAUGAAAUAAUACUUUUCUCUUUCUCCAUUUCUCUGCUUUCAUAUUUGUCUGUCAUAUUUGUGCCAAAGUGAACAGUGAUUGUUUUGUAAUUUUUAAUGUGUUGUCUAGACCUAUUUAGGGCUUUAAAGGUGGAAAGCUUGCACAUUUUUAUCUUCUGUAGGUCUGAAUAUUGUAGCUCUAAUAUAUAUAUGAUAAAAUAAAAUAAAAUAAACCAAUAAAAUAAAAUAAAAUUAAUAGAGAGUAAUUAUAGAAGUAUGUGUAAAGACAUAUUUCACAUUUCAAUUUUGAGAAGAAUAUUGGUUUCAACUAUGUUUCGACUAUGUAUAAACUUAAAUGAAUACUAGAUUCCACCAUGUUUAUCACUACUAAUUGGAUUUAAUCAAGUAAAAGCUGACAUAACCUAAGACUAAUUGCAGUUUUCAGUUGAAAUACAUGUGGGACAUACACAUACGUACUACACGUAUAUCCCUUUGCCUAUUUGUUGUUUUAUGAAAUUAACUAUUAUGUCAAUUUAACUUCCUGUGUAGUUAUUUUUUUCAGCAUUAUACUCAUGCCAAAUUUUCAUAUCCACACAGUCUUCCAAAAGAUGACCCCCCCCAUGUAAUCACUGUGCAUGCCUUUCUUCCUAACGUUCUACUAGUAUAUGUGUUAAUGCAACUUUAUGUACGUCUCCGGAAUCUAGUUCUCUUUUUUAUGCAGUAUGUCAUAUUUGUGAAAGUUAACAGUGCAUUAAUGUCAUUGCAAUACGGUAGAUUUGUAAAUGAAAUUAAUACGGAAGUGCUUUUUAUUUUACAGUGUACAUAAAAUGUACAAAUCAAAUGCAUUAUACAGGCUGUAAAGUUGAAGUGAAGAAAACAUGGUGGAAUGCAUAAUACCUGUCAGAAAUGUUUAUGGAGAUUUGACACCUGUUGAACAGAAGUCACAGUGUGAGAGAUAAUCCUUGAGUGAUUUUUACAUGUAGUUCAUAUAUUUCGUCUCAUGUUUACAAAUCAAUAAAUGUUUUGUAAUGUUUU